UGCACAAGCCUCCUCCAGAAAAGUCAAUCGAACCCACCGCAAUUGCAGAUACUUCAAUGGUUGAAUUUAUACAAAGUAAAGAAUUAUUCUUGUUAUCAAAUUUUUAGCAAUAAAUGAAAAUGACGCUAUGCAUUCACUGUAUUGUAUGGUGGUCGUCGUCAUCGUCAUCAGCGUAGAUAAUAAUGCAGCAUUGGCCAUGGAGACCUGGUCUCCCCACAAAUCUAUCAAACGCCAUCACAAGGUGUUUGUUAUGGUUGUUUCCUGUCACCAGGGGAGUGCUUGUAUACUUCUGAAGUUGCCUACCCGAGCCAAUUGAGGAUGCUUCACAAUACUGAUGAUUGUUGCAUUUUUGGGAUGCCUACUAAAAAAGUUUGGCCAUAUGGACUCAUUUUGACGGUGUGGUUGUGCUGCUCUUCACUACCUAUUAAAGCCCAACAACCCAUUACAAAUCCUGUUGAAGUCAUGGCAUUGCGGACCAUCAAGAAAAGUUUGAUUGACAUAAAUAAGAAUUUGAGUAACUGGAAUCGAGGAGACCCUUGCACUUCAAAUUGGACAGGAGUUUUGUGCUUCAAUACAACGCUGGAUGAUGGCUAUCUACAUGUUAGAGAAUUGCAACUGCUAAGUAUGAAUCUCUCCGGAAGUUUGUCACCAGAGCUAGGCCGCUUAUCCUAUUUGAAAAUAUUAGAUUUUAUGUGGAACAGCAUAGGCGGGACUAUACCAAAGGAGAUAGGUAACAUCACAACGUUGGAACUCUUGCUUCUGAACGGAAAUCAGUUGACAGGUCCCCUCCCCGAUGAGCUUGGCUAUCUUCCAAAUCUCGACAGAAUACAAAUUGAUCAGAAUCAUAUAUCAGGACCUAUUCCCAAAUCAUUUGCAAACUUGAACAAAACAAAGCAUUUUCACAUGAACAACAACUCAAUUAGUGGGCAAAUCCCACCUGAGCUUCAUAUAUUACCGAGUCUGGUUCACUUCCUUCUGGAUAACAAUAACUUAUCCGGCUAUCUUCCACCAGAGUUCUCUGAAUUGCCACAGUUACUUAUCCUUCAACUUGAUAACAACCACUUUGAUGGAGAUACGAUUCCAAUUUCUUAUGGAAACAUGACAAAAUUGUUGAAGUUGAGCAUGAGGAACUGCAACUUGCAAGGUCCAAUCCCCGACCUGAGCAGGAUCCCGAACCUUGGCUAUCUAGAUCUGAGCUCCAACCAGCUAAAUGGGUCGAUACCUCCAAACAAGCUCUCUGAUAAUAUUACUACUAUCAAUUUAUCAAAUAACAACCUUACUGGACCUGUGCCUGCAAAUUUAUCUGGUCUUCCACAUCUUCAGAAAUUGUUACUUGCAAACAAUUCACUGAACGGCACUGUUCCUUCCACAAUUUGGCAAAGUAGUACUUUCAAUGGAACUGAAAGCCUAAUUGUGGAUUUUCAGAACAAUGAACUUACAAAUAUUUCAGGCACUGUCGACCUUCCUCUGAAUGUCACUGUCUGGCUUCAAGGCAAUCCGAUAUGCUCAAAUUCCAACCUAGUUCAGUUUUGUGGUCCUCGAAAUGGGGGUGAAGAAACAACUCAGAGUUCAACAAAUUCUACUGACGCUUGUCCGAUUGCAGCAUGCCCACCCCCUUUUGAAUAUUCAACUAUGUCUCCUGUAUCUUGUUUCUGUGCUGCCCCUCUGCUCUUUGGAUAUCGGUUAAAGAGUCCUGGGUUUUCAGAUUUUUUUCCAUAUGAACGUCAAUUUGAGGAGUAUUUGACCUCCGGUCUCGAGUUGAAUCUCUUUCAGCUGGAUAUUGACUCUUUCAGAUGGGAAGAAGGACCUCGACUGAGAAUGUUCUUGAAGCUUUUUCCUGUAUAUGAUUUCAAUGGCAGUAGUUCCCAUAUCUUCAAUGGAAGCGAGGUUCGACGAAUUGUAAGCAUGUUCACAGGGUGGAACAUUCCAGAUAGCGAAAUCUUUGGACCUUACGAGCUUCUGAACUUCACUCUGUUGGCGCCUUACCAAGAUGUAUUUGUCAUCUCUCCUUCAUCGGGAAUAAGCAAGGGUGCGCUGGCUGGCAUAGUUGUAGGAGCUAUAGCUGGUGCUGUUACCCUCUCUGCGAUUGUUUCGAUCCUUAUUUUGAGAGUAUGUUUGAAGGACCGGCGUGCAGUUUCAAAGAGACGUCAUGCGUCGAAAGCAUCCAUCAAAAUUGACGGUGUGAAGAGUUUUACAUAUGGAGAGAUGGCUGCGGCUACGAAAUUUUUUGACAGCUCCAGCCAAGUUGGUCAAGGGGGAUAUGGAAAAGUUUACAAAGGCACUCUGGCUGAUGGCACAGCUGUGGCAAUAAAACGUGCACAAGAGGGAUCAUUACAGGGUGAGAAGGAGUUCUUGACAGAAAUAGAAUUAUUAUCUAGAGUACAUCAUCGGAGCCUUGUGUCGCUUGUUGGAUAUUGUGACGAAGAAGGUGAACAGAUGUUGGUGUACGAGUUUAUGCCAAAUGGCACUCUGAGGGAUAACCUUUCUGCAAAGUCUAGAGAAACUCUGAGUUUUGCAAUGAGAUUAAGAAUUGCCCUGGGCUCAGCUAAGGGCAUCCUCUACCUUCACACAGAAGCUGAUCCUCCGAUAUUCCACCGAGAUAUCAAGGCCAGUAACAUACUAUUGGACUAUAAGUUCAAUGCAAAGGUGGCUGACUUUGGACUUUCAAGACUUGCACCUGUUGCUGGUAUUGAAGGCACUGUGCCAGCUCAUGUGUCUACAGUUGUAAAAGGUACUCCGGGUUACCUGGAUCCAGAGUAUUUCUUAACUCAUAAACUGACGGACAAGAGUGAUGUUUAUAGUAUGGGUGUGGUGUUUCUAGAGCUUUUGACUGGGAUGCAGCCAAUCUCACAUGGCAAAAACAUUGUCCGAGAAGUUAACAUUGCAUAUCAAACUGGAAUGGUCUUCUCUGUUAUUGAUGGACGAAUGGGUUCUUAUCCUUCGGAAUGUGUGGAGAAGUUCAUGACAUUGGCGCUCCGAUGUUGCGGAGAGGAGACAGACACAAGACCCUCAAUGGCAGAUGUGGUUCGAGAAUUGGAAAACAUAUGGCUGAUGAUGCCAGAGUCUGAUACCAGAACAACUGAAUCACUUAAUACAGACUCCGGGGUGAUAUCGACUUCACCAUCCUCAUCCUCUAAAGUCAAGAACCCUUACAUAUCAUCUGAUGUCUCUGGCAGUGAUCUUGUUAGUGGAGUUAUUCCUACCAUCGCACCAAGGUAAACAAUAAAUGAGGGACUACAUUAUACCUUGGACUGAGCUUUCUAGAGUGUUGGUUAUCCUAAGUCCUAAGUUUUUUUUUUUUUUUUUUGUAGCUGUUAUUUUACAACGUUGUAUGUAGAAACAUUAGGUAGGCAUGGUACAUGUAUCAUAGAGUCCUGAGAUAUUGGACGGUUUUAAUAUUUCUCGUUUCUUUCAA